ACCCGUCAGAAGAUUGCUACGUGCGUUCGUUGCAGGAGCUAUCAGUUGAUCUUGGUUCAGCUUGCCGUAACGAUCGUCAUGGUAAAGCGGAUAGAAUUCGUGUUGUUUGUGCUCGUGGGAUUGGUUGGCCAUGGCGUGAACUUGGUUUUUGGGCAAGAAUCUUGUCGAACGCCAGACCAUCGCGACGGUGUUUGCAUGCCGGUGCAGCAAUGUCCGAGCAUUCGGGAUGAGUUCUUCAACACCGAUCGGAUAUUGGACGAGGACGAGAUUCAAUUUCUGCGGCAGUUACAGUGCAAAACAAAAGAUGUUACAAUCUGCUGCCCGGAUGGUGUAACAACGGUGGAUCGCAAUCCAACGGCCGUACGCGAUGGGUUGCCAAACCCGAAAAAUUACGAGUGUGGUCUCGAUACGCUUGCGGAUCGAAUCAUUGGUGGUAAUUAUACGGCGAUCGAUGAAUUCCCCUGGUACGCACUGUUGGAGUACGUGUCGAAGAAAGGUGUACGAGCGUUUAAUUGUGGUGGUUCCUUGAUCAACGGUCGCUACGUAUUGACGGCCGCUCACUGUCUGGCGAACAAGAAGCUGGAUGAAGGCGAACGACUUGUUAAUGUGCGUCUCGGUGAUUAUAACACCGCCACUGAGGUGGACUGUGAGGAAGAUGAUCCGGAAACGUGUGCCGAUCCGCCGCAAAACUUUGGCAUCGAGGAACAAAUCAUUCAUCCCGGAUACGAAAAAAAUGGACCAUUCCAACAUCAUGAUAUCGCUCUGAUCCGUCUCGAUCGAGACGUCAUAAUGAAUAACUACGUUUCACCGGUGUGUCUUCCACCGGAUAACUUCACACCAACUAGCCCGGAUCUUAACGUUACCGCCGUUGGUUUCGGACACACUGGACGACAACGUCAUAGUGGUAUCAAGAAGAAGGUACAAUUCCCGGUGUUCGCCCAGGAGGAGUGUGACAAGAAAUGGCAGAAGAUCGAAAUUAUCGAGCAGCAGCUGUGUGCUGGUGGGGUGUAUGGAAUUGAUUCGUGCAGUGGAGACUCCGGCGGACCUUUGAUGGUGCGACGGUUCUACUGGAUACAGGAGGGUGUCAUUUCGUUCGGUAAUCAAUGCGCCCUAGAGGGUUGGCCCGGUGUGUACACCAGAGUGUCAUCGUAUCUAGACUGGAUACGACAGAAUAUUCGUCUGCAGGCUCUGCACGACUUCUCGCAAAAGAAGCACACGACAGCGGCCACGACCAGACUGCACACAACCGAGCCGCUACGAUGCCGUUUUGAUUAUGCUGAGCUACCGACCCCGACGGCUGCUAUCCGUCCGACCCGGCAGAGGGAAGCUUUAUCAGCUGCUCGGACGCGUUCGUCGUUCUAUUCGCUAACGGCAAGUGUCUCGGUCAAGAUCAUGCCACUCGUGGUGCUGCUGCUGGUUUGCGGUUGUACGCUCGCGGUUAUGCCGCCGGUUGCGUACGGUGCGGCAAUUGAUACGGAUGAUCGACCCGUCUGGGAUUCGGUGCGUCUGUGCGACAUUCCAAACGAACCCGCCCCGGGUGAAUGUAUGCCGCCGGGCGAUUGUGCCGCCUAUGGAAAGAUCAACGAUGUGGCCAGCCUGAGUUCGGUCGAGCGCUUUAGCUUCAUCAAAAAGAUACAGUGCAAUGGGACGGAGACGGAACCGUACGUGUGCUGCCCUCGCAACAGUAACGUUUAUCUUGAGCCGUAUGUAAACGAAACUAUGAUAUCGAAGAACCGUGUCGCUAGUCGGCUUGCCUUCGAUGCCGAUUCCUGCGGCAUUCAGAGUUACGUGGCGAAAAUACGGGGCGGCCAGUUGGCAGAGAUCGACGAGUUUCCGUGGAUGGCAAUGUUACUGUAUGAGCGAGAUAAUAGUGGACUGACGCAGGGAUGUGGAGGAGCACUGAUAAGUCGCACGUACGUGAUCACUGCAGCGCACUGCGUGACCGGAAAGAACUUCCAGCAAACGAAGGGACGACUGAAGUUUGUCCGGUUGCGGGAGUACAACAUCCACACCAAUCCGGACUGUGUGUACGAGAAUAACCUGAAGGACUGUUCGGAUGAUAUGAUCGAUUUACCACCGAAAGCGAUCAUACCGCAUCCGCAGUAUGAUUCGGAAUCUAGCAACCAGGAGCACGAUAUUGCACUGAUUCGGAUCGAACAAACGCCUCCAUUUACUGACUUUCUGCGUUCAAUCUGUCUGCCGGAAAAUAACUUUGAAAGUGGUGCCACCGCGGGCAAGAAGCUGAGUGUAUCUGGCUGGGGUCGUACGGAUAUCUUUAAGGACAAUCUCGGCACGGAUGUGCUAAGUCCGAUCAAGCUUAAGCUCAGCCUCCCGUACGUCGAUCGGGACAAAUGCAGCAAGACGUUCCGUCCGUGGUCGUUCGCGCUCGGACCGGGCCAGAUGUGUGCCGGUGGCGAACGGGCUAAGGAUACAUGUGCCGGUGACAGUGGAUCACCACUGAUGAGCUACGAUAUGCAGCGUGGCAUCUGGUACAUUACGGGCGUCGUCAGUCUCGGUGUGCGGGGCUGUGGUGUAGAGGGUCUGCCCGGAGUGUACACCAACGUACAUCACUACCUGUCCUGGAUCAAGAUGUAUACCUCGGCUUGAGAGGUACACGGUGUCGACAUCACAAUCGAAAGACGAAUAUCUAGCUCUUAUCUAAUAAAUCAUUAGCUGUAAACGUUGCAACUCGUUGUAAACAGAGCAUACAUGUACUCGGUGGUUAAACAA